AUGGGCUUCACCUGUGACCAGUGUGGGAAGGAAUUCACACGGUCCGGCACCCUUAGACAACACAUGAGAAUCCACACCAGAGAAAGACCCUACAGCUGCGACGUCAGUGACAAGGCUUUUUCUACAUCGACCCGUUUAGUAGCUCAUAUGAGAAUCCACACGGGAGAAAAACCGUACAGCUCCGACGUCUGUGAGAAAGCGUUUUAUAUGUCGGGUAAUUUAGUAAGACACAUGAGAGUCCACACCGGAGAGCGAUCGUUCAGCUGCGACAUCUGCGAGAAGACAUUUAGAAUAUCAACCCACUUAGUAUCACAUAUGAGAGUCCACACUGGAGAAAAAACUAAGACACAUGAGAGUCCACACCGGAGAGAGAACGUACAGCUGCGACGUCUGCGAGAAGGCUUUUUACUCGUCAAACACAUGAGGCUCCACACUGGAGAAAAACCGUUCAGCUGCGACAAGUGUGAGAAGGCGUUUUGCACGACGAGCGCUCUAGUGUCACAUAGAAGAAUCCACACCGGGGAAAGACCGUACAGCCGUGGCCAGUGCGAUAAAGAUUUUAAACACUCUUAUAGUCUGGUGAGACAUAUGAAGGUCCACAGCGGAGACACGUCAGAGCAAAGUGUAGAUCAGCAGAUUCAAAACUCUCUAUAA